AAGUCGACGGCUUGAGGAGCCCGGACAACCUCGACACGGUGCCCGGUUCCGAGCACCGACCACCGGGCCAGGACAUACCGGCGGCGGCGGCGGCGGCGGCGGGAGCGGAGCGGCCGGCGACUAAUGACGAUGAUGCCACCACCGCCGCCACCAGGGGCCCGGGUAUCGUGCGGCUCAACUUCAUGGGCCGACUGGGCAACAACCUCUUCGAGUACGCCGCCGCCCGGGCGCUCGCGGACCGCCUGGGCUUCGCCCUGUCGAUCCAACCGGCGCCGUAUAACCGCAAGAAGUUCGGCCUCCUCACGAGGCCGGAGGGGAUGGCGUGCUUCCCCGGGGUGCGGCCGGUGGGACCUGCGCCGUCGAGCCCCGGAGAUGGUCGGGUUGGAGACGGUCAAGUUUCGCGGGGUCCGCCAGGAGCUGGGGGACCCCACGCCCAGGUCCAUCGAGAUGGAAGGGUGGUUCCAGGACUACAGCAUGUUUAAGUCGGAGAAGGACCGGCUCCGCAAGAUAAUGGCGCUGGACCCAUCGUGCUGCGGCCCGACCGCUCCCGGCCCUGGCGACCUCGUGAUCCACCACCGCAACUACAGGGCGGAGCUAACCGCUGAGCAGUACGAAAAGCUCAUCUUCAAGGACUUGGACUACGAGUUCUACGAGGCGGUGCUGCGGGAUGCCGCAGAGUCUGCGGCCGGCCCGCCCGAAACAGUGUGGGUGGUGGGAGAGUUCAACGACGAGGAGCCUCUGUUCAAGCGUCUGCAACAGGACCACCCCAACGUGAAAAGAGCUGAAAUGGUGGAAGACCAGUUCCACGCGUUCUGCUUCCUGUCUCGAGCCCCCCGGCUGGUCAUGGCCCACAGCACGUUCAGCUGGUGGGUGGCUUUCCUCGGCGUCGGGACGGAGGUGCACUUCCCCCUGACCAAGCAGAACAAGGGGGUCACCGGGCCGAGCAUAGCGGUGGACGAGGGCCGGUACGUCUACCGCGAUGAGGCGGGACGAGUGGUCCCCCCUCCGUAGGCCUGAUUUAGGUCCCAACCAUUCGUCCGUGAAACUGGUGUUUCGUCGCACGCCCUGUGAACCGAUGUUCAUAGCCAGAUGUCCUCCACAGAAUUGACAGCGCCAACAACAGGCGGCGUGGAAGCCGGUCUCGUCGAGAGGUUUCCGACUACGUAUCGGAUAAGUUAUGCACCCAUCG